AUGAAUUGUCCAUCUCGUACCGAGGAGCCAGAAGGAACGGGUUACAACCAAAAUCCCAGCUCGUUGUCCGCCGAUCUCACGACCCGCAAUGACCUCAACGGAAUGGCAAACGCUAGGGUAUUGAGAAGAAUUUCGAGCAGCGAGAUUCAAACCACGGAGCAAGAAUAUGAUCCUAAUCUACCUCCUCCAGAGAAGACACUUAUGGUAGGGGUCGAGGGGGAGGGGGCUCGGGGGAGUCGUGGUGGUGGAAGUGGCGGUGGGGGAGAUGGAGGCACAGGGCUUCAUGAGAGGGACAAUGAUUCAAGCAACCGUCAUCCAAGUCCAAACCUCUUCAUGAAAGCUCGAAAGAUUUGUAUAACUUUUGGCAAAUUUGUUGGCCCAGGAUUCAUGGUAUUUUGAACACAUUCUUAGGACUGGAAUGAGAAAACAAGAACACUAAUUAUCAUUCAUAGAUCGCUGUGGCUUACAUCGACCCGGGAAACUAUGCAACAGACGUGGCUGCCGGUGCUACUUAUCGUUUCAAGCUUCUCUUCAUUGUGUUGAUGUCGAAUCUCUUUGCAAUUUUCUUGCAAAGCUUGUGUAUCAAGCUUGGAAGCGUUAGCGGCCUCAACCUGGCUGAGAGCUGCAGGGCCUUCCUUCCGUGGUGGUUGAACAUUUUCCUCUACAUCAUGGCUGAAGGAGCGGUAAGCGGCCCAAAGUCAAAUCAGAACGACGGCCACUAACAUGGGAACAGAUUAUUGCUACCGAUAUAGCCGAGGUUAUUGGAACUGCCAUUGCGAUCAAUCUCUUGAUUCCGCAAAUCCCGUUGGUUGCAGGAUGUGCCCUAUCCAUUGUAGACGUGCUACUCAUUCUGCUGUUCUACAAACCAAACGGGAGUAUGAGAGGUCUUCGUGCGUUCGAAUUCUUUGUAAUGGCUCUUGUUCUGGGUGUCGUGGUCUGUUUUUGUAUCCAGUUAAGCUUGAUUGAAAACACGUCGAUUGGUGAGGUUUUCCGAGGUUACCUUCCCUCAUCAGCUAUCAUUGAAUCCGACGGGUAAGCACUCCUUGUUCCUUAUAAUCUGAUAUCGUUUGCUAACAAUUGGUCAGUCUCUAUCAAGCAUGUGGUAUCCUUGGCGCAACUGUCAUGCCUCACUCUCUGUAUCUUGGAUCUGGAAUUGUGCAACCCCGGCUCCGUGAGUAUGAUGUGAAGCAUGGAAUCGUCGCACCUGCGACCGAAUCUGAUACCGAAAGCACCCUCAAGGAUGUAUACCUACCCUCCCUCUCUGCUAUAAACUUCUGUCUCAAAUAUUCCAUCAUCGAGCUUUCUAUUGCCCUCUUCACAUUCGCCUUGUUUGUCAACAGCGCUAUUUUAAUUACGGCCGGUGCUUCUCUUUACGGCACUGAAGCAGCAGAAGCCGACCUCUUUGGUAUUUAUGCCUUACUUUCAAAGAGUAUUGCGCCAGCUGCGGGGACCAUUUUUGCUCUCGCACUGCUCCUAUCUGGUAUCAGUGCUGGAAUCGUCUGUACUAUAGCGGGACAGAUGGUCUCAGAAGGGGCUUUGAACUGGACAAUUGCACCAUGGUUACGUCGUCUCAUCACCAGAAGCAUUAGUAUCACACCGUCUAUUAUUAUCGCGGGUGCCGUGGGAAGAUCCGGUCUCUCCGCCGCUCUGAAUGGGAGCCAGGUGGCCCUCAGUGUGACACUUCCAUUCAUUUCUGCUCCGUUGAUUUACUUCACUUGCCGUAACAAGUAUAUGACAGUGGGUGUCCGCGUGAAUCGGGUACAUGGUGAUGGGGAGUCUGUGAUUGAUGGGCAAUCGCAUGGGGUUGCAGAUACAGCUUCUGUUGUAGAACAGAAGAAAAUGCGAAAUCACUGGAUUACAGCUGGUUCUGGGGUCACUAUCUGGCUCAUAAUCACUGUAAUGAAUGUGGCCAACUUGGUCUUGUUGGGCAAAGGCGAGGGCGCUUAGCCAUAUAUCUUCUUCCUACCCGGUGGUUGGGCGUAGGACGAGCAGAAGGUGCAGACGGUGGAGGUGGGAGUGAGCGAUAGGGACCACUGCCAAGGAUGAAAAUAUGGGAGUAGGUACUUACGAUUAUAAUCCUUUUAGGGGUUCGUAAUUAGGUAGGUUAAUGGGCGUUAUAAUAUAGUAAUAAUGUAUACAGGACUAUGUAGUCUAGUUAUAACUACUCGUGUC